UCUUGUGCUAAACCUUUCAUAUACGUGAUUUUUUUACAGUGAAAUGAAACUUAAAUAUUAUUGUAAUUGUAGAGCAACAAAGUAAUCCAUGAGAACUAAUGCUCAAUUAAAACACUGCCGAAUUUGAAAAACCAAUUUUGAAUAUAUUUUGUUGUAACCGUCAAUCCCGUACACGCAAUGCUGGUAUUUAUAGAUACGUGUGUAUGUAGAGAGAGAGAGAGUUUAGCUUUGCACGAAAUCAUUAUCAUGCUACACAACGUGGAAACUUCUCGCUGAACGAUAAGCCAACUUGCUGAUGAACAGCAAUAAAUUAAAAGGAAAUAACAUGAAAUAUGAAAAGGAUGUGCAAACGUUGACCCACAAAACUACGAUGAAGCCUACCUCAUAAACUUUUGUUAAACCUCGUCAAUCACCAAAUAAAGGAGCAUAACAAGCAAUUCCAUCAUACAAAUCCGAUUCCUAUUUUCAGUUGAAGAUGAACAACGGCACAACCACCAAGGGCUAUGGUUUUAACUCAGAUGGGUUCAGAUAUGGAGUAGCUUUUGUAAUUGGGUCGCUGGUAUUACUUCUCACGGUGGCUUUUGCAUGUGUGCGCCUUCGCAUGGCUCGAGGUCCCAACAUGCUCAAUAUUUUGGCUGGAAUUCCACCAUCUCAUCCCACAAGAGAUGCAGACUCAGCUGAACAAGGCCUUGGCCUUAGACUUGAUCACAUUGACACAAGCUUUGAAAGCUAUCCGAAACUUGUAUACUCCCAAGCAGAGAAGGGUUCAACUUCAACCAACAUCCCUUCUUCUAGCUGUUCCAUCUGCUUAGGUGACUACAAAGAGGGUGACAUGUUGAGGUUACUUCCUCACUGUCACCAUAUUUUCCACCUUGCUUGCGUUGAUCCAUGGCUUAGGUUCCAUUCAACUUGUCCCAUUUGUAGAAAAUCAUCUCUUCAACCUUCACAUAAUCCUCCCUCCAUUUGAUAUUCCACUCUUGUAUUCUAUUCAUCAUCAACUUUCCAAUAUAUACACUCUCAUCCACUUCUUCUCAA